CACUGGGAUUUGACACAGCAACUAAGUUUGGAUGAAGUCAACGUGACCGAGAGAAAUUUUGUGAUGGGUUCUCGGACGUCAUUGUUUAACACAGAGGUAUAAAAGCCGGCUGGUCACUGUUUGACUUUUGAGUCGAUUACUGAGGGAGAAAUGGACAUCAAGAGCCGAAACAUUUAUACAAUGACAACUACACUUGCGUUUAUCAUCCUCAUCGCGUGCCCAAUCGCAUCCAGAGGGGCGAAAUGGACAUACAGUGGACCUGAUGGAGAACCCAACUGGCGCACAAACUACCCAUACUGUGGAGGAACAUUUCAGUCACCCAUUGAUAUCCAAACACAGCUGCUAAGAUACGAUCCACAACUAUCACCCAUCCAGGUCCAAAACUACAACCUGUCUGCCAACGAACAGCUUACUCUUCACAACAACGGACAUUCUGUGAAGAUAUCUUUGCCGUCUCACAUGUACAUUUCCAGCUUACCUAACAGAUACUCAGCAGCUCAACUUCACUUCCAUUGGGGCUCAUCCAGUCUGCUUACUGGUUCUGAACACACUGUUAAUGGGAAACAGUUUGCGGCAGAGAUGCAUGUUGUGCAUUUCAAUUCUGAUAAGUUCCCCAACAUCUCCAUGGCAGUGGACAAAAAAGAUGGAUUGGCCGUGCUGGGAGUUUUAAUUGAGAUUGGAGAGUUCAACCCUUGUUUUGACAAAUUCUUAAAAUACAUUGAAGGGAUAAAGUACAAGGAUCAGAAAAUACAGGUUCCUGCCUUUAACGUCCGUGAGCUGUUACCAGACACUCUGAAUGAAUAUUACCGCUAUGAUGGUUCGCUGACAACGCCACCCUGCUUUCCUAGUGUGCUAUGGACGGUGUUUAGGAAACCUGUGACCAUUUCACACGAACAGUUUUUGGCACUGGCCACAUCUCUUUAUGCCUCCUCUGCUAAAGAUUCUGCUCCCGUGCCUCUCUACGGAAACUACCGGAUGCCUCAACAAACAGACAACCGAGUGGUCCUGGUCUCCUUUAGGGAUGGACUGCGUGGUAUUUUUUCAGUGUCAUCCCCCUUUGAGAGAAGACAAGUCGUCCAGAAGCUUCUGGCGGGUGAUCUUGCCGACCUGGCUGAUGAGGGACUCUACCAACUUCUGCCAAAGCCCCAACCUGGAUUAAACAGCAAGUUGAAAACCACCAAAAGAUGGGGUCUUCAUAACCAAGCCAACAAAGUCCAGGGCAACACCGGUCACAUACGGAAGAACUUGCUUAGACACGGUUAUAAAGAUCUAUGCUUUAAAACCCUAGAGAAUGAUGUGUUACAUCAGAUGCAGAGACAUAAUGCAAACGCUCAGAUGGUCGAGGCUUUGAGAGACGUCGUGUUCCCGGAGUUAAACCUCAGGAGUUAUUUGGAUUGCAAAUCUGAACUGGACCUCCAGACUAUAAGGCAACUCGUACAGGGAAGAUCUACGGAUGAGGCAGCUGAGCUCGAACAAUCGCUGACCAAAGCCAUGCGGAGACAGAUGAGGAGGCAUAGACAUCCGAACCCGAAAGCCAUUACGGGGCAUCCUCGAGCUACGUUCCUGAAGGACUUCAGCUUGUCCUCUGCCAACCACAAACCUCAGCAUGUUGAAUGGGAGGAUUAAAGCCUCAAACAUCCCUGGAAGCUUCGAUUUCCGCUGUAGUCAGCCACGCACACUUAGGAUUUAGUCAGCUCGGCUCCUAGGGCUCCAGCAUAACGUUUGACUAAUAUGAAUUGAGUUUGACGGGACUCCUCCGAGACUUACUAGUUUUGCUUUUGUUGUUCUUUGAUGCAGAUAGGCAACAUUGCGGCUACGACUUGGUCAAACAGAUGUUUGUUUUGUAGUUACUUCUUAGUUACUUUGAACCGGGUUGUGCGCUAGACACAACAUUUGGCAGACGUAAACGUUGAGAAACCACACAAUAGACUUUUUACGUAGCUUCAACAUACGAUUUAUCUGAAAGCUGGUCUUUUUGUGUGAUGACACUGCUUCAAAGUUUAGGGCUUAUUUUUAUAUUUUAUUAGGGAAAGCUAAGCUGUAUGUCACAGUAAAUGUUUUCUUUUGUCAGGAGUGGUUAAAGGAACAGUAUGUAGGAUUGUGGCCAAAACUGGUAUUGCAAUAACAAAACUUGUGGCUAAAACUGGUACUGCAAUCACACAACUGGUGGCCAAUCCACAAAAUGACAACAUAAACAUCAGUUGAGGGCUGCAACUCCACUUUUUAAAUGACAAUAUCCUGGCCGGACCACUGUUGUUCGUGAUAUAAGUAUUUGAAAUGAAAAUAGUGACAUAUCAGGGGCAUUUUAUGAUUAAUUGAUAUACAUUUCUUACAUACUGUUCCUUUAAGAGUCAUGCGAGAAUUAAAAGGCACAACGUUUGUAGUGUGAUCUCAAAACAGAAAGUCUUUUUGUAGACUUUUCCUAUAUAUACAUUAUAUUAUACACAUGUGCUUUUGUUAAAUGUCUAGACUGCGCAUUGUAAAAUAAAAUCAUAACUUACUGUAAAUGGCAAACAAUUGUAUCUUUCACUAGUAACCAGUGACGGCCAGUGACUUCUCUUGUGAGGGGCGUAAAUUCAAAAUAUGUGUUUGGUGCGUCAUAUGAACCUAUGUGCAUCAUGCAUCAUGUCAAAAUAUGGGAAGGUUUAUGAUAAAACACUAACUUAACUUAUCUGGCAACGUGAGUGUCUCUUUUAUCAAAAACCCCUUCGAAGCGUCUGAAGCAGGCAGGUAUUUUGACAUGACGCGUAAUGCACAUAGGUUCACAUGACACGCCGAACACAUAUUUUGACAUGACGGGCUAA